AUGGGCCUCAGGGAUACCGGCACGACAUCCAGCUGGUUUACCAAGACGCCUUCGGGCUCAGAUCUCGGGACAGCCCGAGUGGGGAGGAGUGAGGAAGCUUCGAUACAACGCUCCUGCUCUCUUCUCUCUCCGCCAUUGACUGGCGUCUCAGCUGCCAAGGCGACAGAUUUACGUCUUGGCAGACUAGAGGAUGAAUAUUCCGAUUCACCCACUAAAGGUAAUCGGCAAGAGAAUAGAAGAAAAGAGCUGACUCAGGGCGGCGGCAAUGGGAAGAGACCAAGAUUGGUAAAUGGUGGGGGUGAAGAUCUGGGAGCCGUGGUGAAGAGGCGGAAGCUCAUGCUCGAAAAGUGCCAAUGGCACGCAGACAGGUCAAAGAGCAGAUACCAAGAGGUGGUGAAUGGACAUCUCUCUCUUGAGAACUUCUCAACGAAAAGGUCGCUAGAAAAUUUUCUCAAAGCAAGGGGAGGAAAGGGUAUAUUACUUCGUGAUUCGGAGGAAGUAGACAAAGCUUCCAAACAAGCCCUUUGUUCAACUGCGGGCCCCAGGGAGAUAAAUCGCUCAGAGACUUUAUCUGAAUGUGUCGGUCCAUGUGGCAGGCUCGGCGAGAGCAAGCCAUUCCCAGCGCCUUUUCUGGGUACGGUUGUACCUCCUUUAACAUUCAUCAUCUCCUCGGCUUUAAUGAAGCAACGAAUCCUUUUCCGAGCUAUUGAGAAGCUGUGCCCCCAAGCAACUUUUAUUGAGAGGGACUUUUUGGCUCACGCGCGACUAUCUUCCAGAGAGCAUUUAAGCAACCCGACGUGGGAAAUAGAAUCGGAAGCUGACCUGAUCAUCUCCCCGGGCACUGGCAUCAUCUGCACAACUAUACAAAAGAUCAGGCAACGCGCACCUCCAGGUAGCGCACCUCGCGCUGGGCUCAGGGAGCGUAUUGAUCAUGUCGUCGCGCGGUAUGAACAUCUAAUUAUCCUUGUCUACGAGAGUGGUGUGGUGCUGCAAGGUGAACAGGCCAAAGCAAUUGGAGCCACCAACCUUGGUGAAAACGAUUGUGAAGCAUUCGCCGAACUUGUUGGCCAUGUUUCCAAAUAUGGACCAGGAGAAGUGCAAUUUAUCUUUGUGGCUGGAGGAGAGAUAGAAAUGGCGAAAUGGAUAGUUGCGCUGGCGAUAAAAUACGGAAGGGCUAUCAAGGAACCCAAGCUGUUGCAGGACGAAACCCUGUGGGAGUUAUUUCUCCGUAAAGCAGGUGUGAAUGCUUAUGCGGCCCAAAUUGUUUUGUCUGAGCUCAAAAUUCCAAGCGAAACACGAAAGCAGGGAAAUGUAGGGCUUGAUGCAAAGUGUGACUCUGGUCUCUCAGCUUUCGUUAAGAUGCCAAUCUUCGAAAGACUGAAAAGGUUCGAGCGCAUAUUUGGAGGUCAGAAGGCUUUGCUGAAAGUAAGCGCGACACUGGAUAGAAAGUGGCGGUAA